AUGUCUUUCUCCCUCCUCGCCGUGCGCGACGCGCCGCUGCGCCUCCGCGUCGCCCAAUCCUCCGUCCGCUACGCGAGGAAGGACACUCAAGGGGCCGACCCAAGAAUGGAGCAAAUCCGUCGCGCCCUCUACCCGACCAACAUCCGCAACAAGGAGACACCGAUUGGGUCGUGGCGGCCAGACGUCGGCAGACGCCUUCAACGCGCGAUCCCCUCCGUGCAGGCGCACGAAACGAUUGAGCGGGCGUGGUUCCUCCACCAGCGACACGUCCGACGGAGGCGCCAGGCGGAGCUCGAGCGCAAGCACCAGUGUUUGAGGGAGGUAGACCCGAAAUUGUAUAGAGAAGCGAACCAGGAGGAGGACCCGAGGGCACGCUCCCCCGAGGAGGUCGAGUUGGCGAAGACGUUGAAGGCACCGGAGAAAAGGGCACUGGAGUCGAGGAUACGGGGUUUGUUCCCGAGAGAGAUCCGUAUACCGACGGACACGCCAUCGCGGGAUGGGUGGAAUUACGACUGGAAGCCCGUAUAUCCCCGUGUAUAG